GUGCCGUGUCUGGUCUAAUCAGAUCUAAUGCCCAUUUUUCGACAGUGUGACUCGAAAGCGCCACGGCAGUGAAUAAGCCGUUUUUUGUUUACCUCUAAAGUAUUGAAAAGCAAUAGCAAGUUGUUAAAAUAUAAAAACUCGAAGUGCUUAACUGCAUCAGAUAUCAAUACUCGAUCGAAAUAGUUCGAAAUACAAGUUUUAACGCGCGUCACCUCUUCAAGUGAAGCUCGAGGCCCGGCGGACAGCUAGCUCGAGCAGCUUGGAAAAGUUUGUUGUUGUCACGUGACAAGAUACGAAUGUGGCGAUAAAAGUUUUUCUUCCAGUAUUAAAGCACCGCUAAUACUUGAUAUCUUUUUCAAUCUAUUAUUCUCAAACAAUGCCUCAACCGAAAUACAGGAAGAUUGCUGUGUUGGGGUACAGGUCUGUUGGAAAGUCCUCUCUAACUAUACAGUUCGUGGAAGGACAGUUUGUAGAUUCAUAUGACCCUACUAUUGAAAACACUUUUAAUAAGAUGGUAUCUGUGAAUGGACAGGACUUUAAUCUUCAGCUUGUGGACACUGCUGGUCAGGACGAGUAUUCCAUUUUCCCACAGUCUCACUCAAUGGACAUUCAUGGUUAUGUCCUUGUCUACUCUGUCACCUCUAUGAAAAGUUUUGAAGUUGUUCAGGUUCUACACGACAAGCUGCUGGAUAUGGUUGGAAAAAUUCAGGUGCCUACUGUUCUGGUCGGGAACAAAAAAGAUCUUCACAUGGAGCGAGUGAUUAAGCCUGAGGAGGGCAAGAAGCUGGCCGAUUCCUGGGGUGCUGCUUUUAUGGAGUCCUCUGCUAAAGAGAAUCAGACGGCUGUGGAGGUUUUCAAGAGAAUUAUCCUGGAGAUGGAGAAAGCAGAUGGAAACGCCCCCUCAGAGGAGAAGAAGUGCACCGUGAUGUAGGCGGGUCCAGGCAGACACAAGCAGUCGGCUAAUUGGCCAAUGCCAGGAGACACAACAUCACCAGCCUGCCAAUCGUAACCCGCCAAACCACAGUUAUAGUUCAAGGCCCCCCUUUCAGCAGCAAAGAACUGCCGCACUCUGUCCCCUAAAUGUGUACAGUUCUUUUCUACAGCUCAAAAACAGUGUUCUGAGGCCAACUGAAUGCAACACCACAUUCUGUUUUUAUUUCUUUUUAAUAUAUAUCUCUUUCUCUCUCACACACACACACGCACGCACAUACAUAUACAUAUACAUAUACAUAUAUAUAUAUAUAUGUAUAUGUGUGUGUGUGUGUGUAUGUGUGUAUAUAUAUAUAUAUAUAUAUAUAUAUAUAUAUAUACACACACAUAUGAAUGGAAAAAGAGGUAUGGAGCUCACUUUGCAAAAUAUUCCCAGUGUGAGUAAAUAAGACAUGUAAAGCAAUGCAGAGACGCAAGUCUUGCUGUCAAAAGUACUGUAGUCUGUAAAGUUCGUUGGCCUCAGUCAAGCAACACUUGGGAAAAGUAAGUUUAAGAAAAUGGCCAAAUAUAAACCGCAAAGCCACAUGCUGCAUUCAAUGUUUUCAUCGCUGCCUUAUUAAUGUGAUAAUACACAUGUUCAUUUUCACAGCCUGACGUUCAUUGGACGCUAGUUAUCAACCUUACAUGUCUAGCCAUGUGUCAGGAGUGGGUGGCGUGACCCUGUGGUCUCAGUUCACUCUCAUUGGCUGUCUCUGCCUUAGACACCACUUAGGCCAACCAAUCGCUGGUGCCUAACACACAGACUCGGUCUACUUUCUCAGGUUGUUCAUAGAUUCCAGCCAAUCCUUUGUGGCUCUUUUUCUGUCAGGCAAUCUCUUACGAUCCUUACCAGCUUCUCCUCGUCUCCCGUUACCACUGGUUGGGGGGUCAGUUUUUCUCUUCUUUUUUUUGAGAGGGUGUGCGACCCUCAAAGGUUUCCCCUGCCCAGUGCAAAGUCAGAAGUGGGAGGACUGCAGGAGCGGUGGAGUAGGAUGGAGGAGUCUGUCUCUCAUCUGCUGUAAUCACCUUUCAUUAGCUGUCAGUGACUUCUGGGUUUAUGUGUGGGUGGGGUAGGGGGUGGGGUUACCUUUUUCCAUUUUUUCCAUCUUGAUGAUUUUUUUUCCCCAGACUAUCUGCUGGUACUCAACUUGUGUGCCACUGAUGAGAAUAUUGCCCCAACAGCACAUUUCUUUAUAAGACUGUAAAUCAUGUUUCUUUCUCUCUUAUACCGUAAUGAAUUGAAGCAGUUUAAUCCUCUUUUCCCGUGUUUGAAACCUUUACGGAUAAGGGUUUUGAAAUAUCCACUGUUGAACUGAAGUAUAUUCCCUUCCCCCCAAUUUAGCUGUAUUCUUUGUACAGCUUUAAUUUGUUUCUCUUACAGACAUGACCUUGUUGAUAUAGUAUUGUUUGAAAGCCUUGCCUGAUGUAACUGAAAAAUCUUGAUUGAUUUAUUGAUUUGGUUGGUUAAUUGUGUAAUUGAGUGGUAGUGUUAAAAAGGCUGGUGUUGCUGGUGCUGGUGAUGCUGUGUCGUGUGCCUUACCUUCCCAUUAUAUGCCCCAUGUCCCUUCUUCUUCCCCAAAACACAUCUACACACAAAUACAGACCAUUCACCUCUGCCCAAUCUGAUUUAAGGUGCUCUGUUGGGUUUUUCUGCUCUCUUGACUUGACUCCCACACUACUUUUGAGGAAAAUCGAGUGGUAUUGUUGCACCUCAAUGCCCAAUACUCGAUGUGGGGGACUGGUAAAUACAGAAAAUCUUGCUGUAAACAGUUUUGUAUAUAAAAUGAAUAAAUCCUUUACUCUUGAA